AUGAGCGAGUCCAGCGUCGGGGAGCUCCCGGCCCGCAGGCCUAGCCGACAGCUGGCCACACACCAAGAGAACCUCUCUGUGGAUUCCAGUUGCUUCUCCUCUCCACCUGUGAACUUCCUUCAAGAAUUGCCCAGUUACCGGUCGGCCACACGCCGGAGAACCACCGUCCUUGCCCGGGAUAAGCAGAGUAGCAUAUUGCUGAAGCCAUCAGACUCUUACAGCUCUCAACGAGAGGGAGAAAUCACAGAAAACCUCAACACGCAGUCCAUCCGGAAGUAUGCACUGAACAUCUCCGAGAAGCGGCGGCUGAGGGACAUUCAGGAGACACAAAUGCAGUACUUAUCGGAGUGGGACCAGUGGAAGCGGUACAGCAGCAAGUCUUGGAAGCGAUUCCUGGAGAAGGCUCACGAGAUGACAGACCACCUGGAGCUGUGGCGGAAAGACAUCCGCAGCAUCGAAGGGAAGUUUGGCACUGGGAUUCGGUCUUAUUUCUCCUUCUUGCGCUUCCUGGUGUUGCUGAAUUCGGUGAUAUUUCUCAUCAUUUUUACGCUGGUUUUGCUCCCGGUCUUGCUCACCAAGUACAAAGUCACCAACAGCACCUUUGUGCUCAUUCCAUUCAACGACAUUGACAUGGAGUGUACUGUCUACCCUGUGAGCAGUUCCGGACUCAUUUACUUCUACAGCUACGCCAUAGACCUGCUUUCCGGCACUGGUUUCUUGGAAGGGACCAGCCUCUUCUACGGACACUACACCAUUGAUGGGGUGAAAUUCCAGAACUUCACCUAUGACCUGCCUCUCGCUUAUUUGAUCAGCACAAUCGCCUACCUGGCCCUGAGCCUCCUUUGGAUCGUGAAAAGGUCGGUGGAGGGGUUCAAAAUCAACCUGAUUCGGAGUGAGGAGCACUUCCAGAGUUACUGCAACAAGAUCUUCGCAGGCUGGGACUUCUGCAUCACCAGCCACAGCACGGCCAGCCUGAGGCACAGCAGCCUACGGUACGAGCUCCGGGCAGACCUGGAAGAAGAAAGAAUCCGGCAGAAAAUAGCAGAGAGGACCUCAGAGGAGACGAUCCGCAUCUAUUCUCUGAGGCUGGUGUUGAACGGCCUCGUGCUGGCUGUGUUGUCCGUGUGCUUUUAUGCCAUUUAUGUGGCUACUACCUUCUCCCAAGAGCACAUGAAAAAAGAAAUCGACAAGAUGGUCUUUGGCGAGAACCUGGUGAUAUCCUACCUGCCGUCUAUUGUGAUCACACUGGCCAAUUUCAUCACCCCCAUCAUCUUCUCUAAAAUCAUCCGCUACGAGGAUUACUCCCCAGGCUUUGAGGUCCGGCUCACCAUCCUCAGGUGCGUCUUCAUGCGCCUGGCCACCAUCUGUGUGUUGGUCUUCACGCUGGGCUCCAAGAUCACAUCCUGUGGGGACGAUGCUUGCGAACUCUGUGGCUACAACCAGAAGCUCUACCCGUGCUGGGAGACCCAAGUGGGGCAAGAGAUGUACAAGCUCAUGGUCUUCGACUUCAUCAUCAUCAUGGCUGUGACGCUGUUUGUGGAUUUCCCUAGAAAGCUCCUGGUGACCUACUGCUCCUCCUCGAAGCUGAUCCAGUGCUGGGGGCAGCAGGAGUUUGCCAUCCCGGACAAUGUGCUGGGGAUCGUGUACGGACAGACCAUUUGCUGGAUCGGAGCCUUCUUCUCCCCACUGCUCCCUGCCGUCGCCACCCUGAAGUUCAUCAUCAUCUUCUACGUGAAGAAGUUGAGCCUUCUCUACACCUGCAGACCAUCUCCCAGGCAGUUCCGAGCAUCUAACUCGAAUUUCUUCUUCCUGUUGGUGUUGCUGAUUGGCCUGUGUUUGGCUGUCAUACCUCUGACCAUCAGCAUGUCCCGCAUCCCUUCCUCGAAAGCCUGUGGGCCGUUCACCAACUUCAAUACCACCUGGGAUGUCAUCCCCAAGAUGGUGAGCACCUUCCCCAGCUCGCUGCAGUCCCUGGUCCGGGCCAUCACGUCGGAAGCCUUCGCGGUGCCCUUCUUCAUGAUCAUCUGUCUCAUUAUGUUCUACUUCAUCGCCUUGGCUGGAGCACACAAGCGGGUGGUGGACCAGCUCCGGGAGCAACUGUCCCUGGAAGGUCGUGACAAACGCUAUCUGAUCCAGAAACUAACAGAAGCUCAAAGGGACAUGAGAAGCCAGCCGCUCUGA